GUGAGAGGACCCACAAUGAAUGGCUGGCGAGUAGGAGCAAUGCGCUGUAUUUAGGACUCAAAACACAAAUAUGCUCUUUCAGUCCGGUUCUGACUUCGCUUCGAGCAAACAGGCAACAAGACUUCCUCCACAUAUCGAUUACAAAGUACUAACAAAGGGUUGGAAAUAUCUUCGGCUGGUUACUCGUUUCGUAUGCCAUCUUUCUAGUUUACCUUAGGAGACCACUUCUUCCCCUGUUGCUUGAUACGAAAUGGCUUUUGGCUAUGGCGAAACAGAUGACAGUGCAGCUAAUUCACUCCCUCAAAUCGAUCCAAAAGGUGGAGCUGAGCCGCUGAUAUCCACCCUUGCACGCCAGGAUCAAGGUAUGGAGUACGUGAUUCCAGCGAGCCAUGCUCCAACAUUCUUGUCUGUUGCUGAUGGUUUGGGCGGCACGCCAUGCUAUGCACCCGAUACCCAAGAGAAUCCCGGAAUGACCCACAUGAUUCCAUGGACAGAACAGUCACAGGCACCCUGGGUGCAGAACGGAGUAAUGCAACAGUGGCUGAGGAGUGCGGUCAAAUUGGAUGGCAGCGUACGCACUAGGUCUACGAAAAGUUCAGUUUGGACCGUGGGUACUCACUCGUCGACAGGUUCAGAUUGGAGUGUAGGUGCUGCAGGCACACCGAGAUCCAUUCCAUCGUCUGAGUUUUCAACACGCCCAUCACCAGUGUUGGGAACAAGCACUCCUCCGGCCGUGCUACCAUCGGGUUGGUCAGGAUACGUGGAAGGUCCGCGGCACACACCUGAGGAGGCCACUCAAAGUACGCUUCGUGGCACUGACUGCAGGACGGAACAUCUCCUGGCCGAGAUUGACCAGUACUUUCUCAGCAGUACACUUCUUAACCCAGCAGAAUCGCCUCCUGUCGAUUCUGGCACCGGGAGGAUCGAUGUUAACCAGCAGAUUCCCAGUAACACAGUCCUCAACACAGCAGCAACACAUCUGGUAAAUUCCUACAAGGAGAUGUUUGACAUUGAUCAGCAGCUUUUCAGUGGUACAGACUUCAGCCCAGCAGCAUCUCCUCCAGUUAAUUCCGGCACAGGGACUAUCAGGGUUGACUGGCCGUUUCUCAAUGCUGUAGACUCAGCAGCAGCAACUCUGGGUACUUCUGACACGGAGGUGAUGGACACUGCUCAGUACCCUUUCAAAGGUCCAGACUUCAGCCCAGCAGCAUCUCCUCCAGCUUAUUCCGGCACAAGGACUAUCAGGGUUGACCAGCCGUUUGUCAAUGCUGUAGACUCAGCAGCAGCAACUCCGGGUAAUUCUGACAAGGAGAUUCUGGACACUGAUAAGUACCCUUUCAAACGUACAGGCUUCAGCCCAGCAGCAUCGCCUCCAGUUAACGCUGGCAUUGAUAUGGUGGCAUUUAGCCAGUCGUGGCUUGUUCCGGAACAGGAUCCUGGCGAUAGCUAUGAGUGCCGGUACCAUGGUCUGCGACGAAGAAGGAGAUUGCCAGUCGGUGACCGAGAACCUCACUUCGUCUGCUCAGAAUGCACUGCAAUUUUGCACAGAUUUUUUCGCUCUUGUCAGUAUCCGACAGCGAACCAGAAGCGUUCACUUCUCACACAGGUGGGUAUGGAACGUCAUCAGCUAGACAACUGGUUCUGCAACAAGCGCCGUCAGAUGCGACGCGCCACUGCCUCACCUUCGUCCAGCGCGCAAGGGUCACCAGUGCUACCCAUGUAGGCUAAAUAUCCGGUGCUUGCACCCCUUGAAGCACUUUACACACAAGAACCUGAAAACUCUACAUGUCUUUACAGACGAAAUUCACGGUAAUGGUCAUAAAAUCAUGCAAAAGCUUUCAGCCCUUCAGCCCUUCAGCAUGUUAUAUUUUGAAAUCCAUCAAAUUGAAACUCUACGGAAUGGCCGCAGCGACUUCUGAUGUACAUUGGCAUUGAAAAUUACAUGAUUUCUUACUCCUCUUGACACUUCCCAAUUCAUGUACUUUGAAGUACGUAUUUCACCCCCAUGCUAUACAUGAUUGUACAUGUACAGGAUGGGCUUUGGUGUAUAGCUAGAUAGAAGUUUAUACAUACAUUGUCCGUAAAUCGACCUUUCUGUUUGUUUGCUUCAUUCGUUCAAAUUUAGUCAACUCAUGGUAAGAAUGUAGUGCAUGUACCGCCGCAUGUACAUGUACAUGUACAUGUAUAUGUACAUGUAUACAUGUAUGUACAUGUACAUGUACAUGUAUGGCAUAAUUAUUGUUCUCAAAGUACACUGUAUUCUGUAUUCAUGUCUAACUCGGAUUAAUAAUCAUGGUUAAAUAAUAAUUAGACUGUUUGUAAAGUAACUGUGUGGUGUCAAUGGGCAGUAUAGCGUAACCUGUCGCUAUUUGGCCCUCGUUUCGUCUUAUAAAUAAAAUAGUAAUAAUAAUUUUGUAACAUGGGCUCGAUCGCAUAUCUUGUGCCCACAAUUUCCAUGGUACAAAAUACAUGUAAUAUUAUUAACAAUAAUAGUUCACUCGCAAGGUUGAUCAUUAUCCCUUGCACGUUUUAGGACUUGUGCUCAGUCCUGAAGUUAGUGCUCAUUGGUGCUUUCUCCUUCUAUUGUUUUGCAUUUUAUACAAUAUACAUGUACAUGUAUUUAGAAGUUAGAACACAUGCUCAAUUCAUGUGCAAGGUUGAUUGUUAUCCCUUGCACAUAUUAGGGCCUGUGCCCUUUCCUGUUUUAUUUCAUCUCAUAAUAAACCUCGGGUCAUUUUCAUAAUAACAAUAAUAAUAAUAAUCGUGAUAUCUUGUACCUCCAUCCCUGCGCGUCUAUCCCUGGUCUGGCAUUCCAUUCGUGAUUACUCUUUUCGCCUAACAGGAAUGAUUUCUCCUGAUUCACGUGAUUCCGCCAGACAUAAUUAUUUUUCUUUUUGUGCACAGA